AUGGGUUCAAAGAAGUAUUUUGGCCUUACGGGCAAUGCGCUCAACCACCUGAAAACUGCCCUUAUCAUUGCGCCUAGUUUCAUUCUGUACGGCUACAACAUCGGCGUAGUUGGCGGUUUGCUUACAGAACACGACUGGGUAAAGACCUUCCCCCAAAUCGACACUGUUAACACUACUGGAGCGGAGAAAGCUCGGAACUCGACACUGCAAGGUUUCAUCGUUGCCACCUUCACUAUUGGCGCUACUAUCGGCUCGCUGUCGUGUUCCUGGACUGGCGAUAUCUAUGGACGCCGAAACAUCAUCUUUUUCUCUGCUAUUCUCACCCUCAUUGGCGAAGUCCUAAUGUGCUCUGCCUUUGGAUUGCCGCAAUUCACUAUUGGUCGCGUUAUCUGUGGCCUCGGCAUCGGUCAGCUCAGUUCGAUUGUGCCAGUCUGGCAGGCCGAGACGUCCGCUGCAGCCAAUCGCGGCCGUCAGGUGGUCAUCUCAGGCUGCUUUAUGUGCUUGGGCUAUAUGCUGGAGUCAUGGAUCGACUUCGGCUUCUUCCAAUUCCAUGAGGGUCCAAUCACCUGGCGUCCACCUCUGGCUAUCGCCAUUUUUUUUUCGAUCGUCCUCAUGGCCUCGAUUUACUUCUUCCCAGAGUCACCUCGCUGGUUGGUCAUGAAGGGCCGUUCCGAGCAAGCACGAUCUGUUAUCGCGGUGCUGAAGUCACUGCCAGAGGAUUCCCUUGAAGUACAGGCCGAGCUAUCAGGCAUUGAGUACUCUCUGGAGGAGACGAAGGACUCCGCGGUGUCCCUGAAGGACAUGUUAACGAACGGCGAUGACAAGCUGUUGUACCGAUUCUGCCUAUGCAUGGGUCUUCAGUUCUACCAACAGAUGUGCGGCUCCAACCUUGUCAGCGUUUACGCGCCAAUCCUUUUUCAGCAGAACCUUGGCAUGUCCAGCCAGCAAUCCCGCAUUAUGAGCGGCGGAACUUUGACUUGGAAGUUCAUUGCCUCCUUUAUUGCUUUUUUCACUAUUGAUCGUUUCGGCCGUCGAGCUGCGUUCAUGAUUAGUGGUGGUGGCAUGUCCCUUUGCAUGAUCGCUCUUGCAGUUUCUACCUCGUUCGGAAAGGACAACUACGCAGCCCAAAUUUCCGCCGCCUUCUGGAUCUACCUAUACAACACAUGGAUACCUAUUGGGCUGAUGGGAGCCAACUACCUUUACUGCACUGAAGUCGCGCCUUUGCGCCUGCGCAUGGCCAUGUCUUCCAUCUCCACUGCCAACCACUGGCUAUUCAAUUUCCUGGUCAUUAUGGUCACCCCCAUUGCCAUCAACAGCAUCGGCUAUCAGUAUUACAUCGUCUAUGCUGUAAUUGCAUUCACUUUUCCCAUUGUGGUUUGGUUGUUCUUCCCUGAGACAACUGGUCGCAACCUCGAGGAGAUUGACCUGCUGUUCCGCGAGUCGCCGUCUAUAAUGGCAACUGUCAAAUAUGCCAAAAAUAGACCCAUCGCCAUGCCACAGGAGUUCAGGUCAGAGAAGGAUGAGAAGGCGGCACACCUCGAGGAGGCAUAG